UGCAUCCCUCGCUGCAUCUCUCUCCAUCAGAUGCUCCCUGGACCACAAGGCGCCACCGCCAGAGAGGAGCAGACUGGGGGCCCUGCUCCACCGACGACGAAACCCCACUUUCAAGAUAGACCCCUUCCACUUCGGAUUGACUUUUUAAAAUUUUAAUUGAAAACCUUUCUUGGAUCUCCAUCGCGGCUGCCUAAAGAGGGAAGCUCCCCGCAUUUUGGUACCCAGGCCAUUGGGAUCUUGCUUAUAUUGGGGGGGGGGCAUUUUUCUCCUCCUUCCCCCUCCAUUUAGGGAUCGCUCCCAAAUCCAGGGAAGCGCUGAUCCCACCAACAGCCACCCCCCCCCUUCCUGGGAGCAGCCUCACCUGGGGUUCUGGAGCAUCCUUCCUGGACCCCAAAGGCCCUGCUGGGGGCCAAAGGGGAGAGAGACUGGGGAAAAAAGGGUCGGCUCUUCUCUUGGAAGAGGGAUCAGCAGCAUCAGAGAGAGAAGGCGAAGAAGGAAAAUUGAAGGGGGGCAUCCCUUGCUCUUGGGGAGCAUUUUUUAAAAAGAGGAGGAGGAGGAGAAGCCGGAGAAGAGGGGCUGAAGGUGGUGAGGAGGGCAGGAUGAUUCCCCCCAAGGCGUCUGUUCUUUUGGAGACACCAAUGGAAAGGAAAGCCCCCCCAGGAGAGGAGCAUUAAAGCCCUCAAGCAAGCAAGGAAGGAAGGAGAAUCCAAGGAAAGCAUCAAGGGGUGGGGGCUUGCUUUGCCCCCCAUAGUUGCCCCUUUCCACCAAGAGGACAUUCUGCAGCAACCACUGGACCGCCAUCAUCCUCCAUCCUGCACCCCCCAAUUGCCAGGCUUGGUGGCUUUUGGCUUUGCCCCCCAUGGCUCCCAGGGUCCUCCUUUGGCCCUGACCCACUGUUUCCCCUCAUCCAGAGAGAGACAGAGAGCUUUAAGGGGGCCAUUGCCCUGGGGGCAACGUGAAGCCACUGGUGGCCCAAGGAGAGGUCGGACUGAAUUGGAGUGGGAGAGUGGGCACCCUGGAGAACCUUUGGCUGGACGGACACUACAAGGGGCUCUGUGUAAAGUUGCCCAGUUGGCGUGUGACUGAUUCCUGAUCUCUGCCCCCUAAUCGGAGAUCAGUCCAAGGCACCACUUGGAUGACUCAUGCCAAAGCUUGCCAGGUGGCCUUAGCUGGUGGUCACUGUUUGCGGUAUCCUACCAGGCGGCUUCCACUUGUCAAGAUGGUGGGGCCGUGAGAGACGUUGGCCCCGGUUGUGACUUGCCUCCUGCUACCCACGUGGCGGGAUUGGGGGGCCACUCCUGGGUUGCCUUGACUUGGCCAUCAACACUGCCAACUGGACUCCAGACCCUUGUCCUUUCCCUGACUACUGCUGCCACCAUGGGCACCGUCUUGUCACUUUCUCCUGGCACCCGGAAAGCCAGCCUCUAUGACGAUGGCUCCUCCAGUUCUCUGGCCCAUUACCCAGGGCUGGCCAGUGCCAAAGGCGGGAGUGGCGGUGGCGGUGGCCCAAAGGCCGACAAAGCCCUCAAGCGCCACUCCAUCUUCAUCCCAGCCUUGACUUGGAAGCGGCUGGUGGCCUCCACCAAGAAGAAAGGCUCCAGGGCUGGCAAAGGGCCGUCGUAUAACAACAACAACAACUACCACCCACACCAUGGGGGCAAGGACGUGGCCCACCUCAACCAUGAGAAUGUCAAGAAGUCCCUCUCGUGCGCCAACCUGGCCAACUUCGAUGGGGCUGGGCAGCAGUCCUUGGUGCCCCUCAGCACCAAGCGCAUCUCCACCACCUCGGUCUCCUCGCUCAAACCCAGUGGCAUCGGGGGCACCCCUUCCUCCUCGUCCCCGCGCCGGGUGAUCGUCCAGGCCUCCACCAGUGAGCUGCUGAAAUGCCUAGGUGAGUUCCUUUGCCGCCGCUGCUACCGCCUCAAGCACCUCUCGCCCACCGAGCCCAUCCUUUGGCUGCGCAGCGUGGACCGCUCGCUGCUCCUGCAAGGCUGGCAGGACCAGGCCUUUGUCACCCCUGCCAACGUGGUCUUCGUCUACCUCCUGUGCCGGGAGAUGAUUGACGGGGACACCGUUGGGGGAGAGCAUGAGCUCCAAGCGGCCCUCCUCACCUGCCUCUACCUGUCCUACUCCUACAUGGGCAACGAGAUCUCCUACCCGCUCAAGCCCUUCCUGGUGGAGACCUCCAAGGACGCCUUCUGGAACCGGUGCCUUCGCAUCAUCAACACCAUGAGUGCCAAGAUGCUCCGGAUCAACGCCGACCCGCACUACUUCACUCAGGUCUUCGCUGACCUCAAGAACGAAGGCAACGGUGGUAUCCGAGAGGACUUUGCCCGGGUCUUGGACCGGUGACUGGGUUUUCCUGACCAGAUCUUGGACCGAUGAUUGGAUUUUCCUGCUUGAGUCUAGAACUGGUAGCUGGGUUUUCUUGCCUGGAUCUUGGACCAGUGGCUGGAUUUUCCUGCUCAGAUCUUGGACUGGUAACUGGGUUUUUCUGUCCAAAUCUUGGACUGGUAAUUGAGUUUUUUCUGUCCAGAUCUUGGACUGGUGGCUGGGUUUUCAGUGCAAGACCCAGGGGAUCUGAGAUCCUUCUGGUGCAAUUCUUACAUAGCAUAUUUUCAUUUGGGACAGAUAGUGUUUUCCUUCUGGAGCAGAAAAGAACCCCUGAAAUCAUUGCAGGAAAAAGCCCCAGCUGGUUUGGCUGCAGUGAACUGGAUGCUUAUGCUACGGUUCAGGGAAAGUGUUGCCGGGUGGGGUACCCAAAGUCGCAAUAUUUUCUCCUUCCUUCCCCCCCCCCCUUGCACUUUCUGCCAAAGGAGGAAUCCCCAGGAGACGCUGGACCUCGAUAAUUGUUUUUGAAAAGGACAGCAGGUACUUAAGGGGAACGCACAUCACUCUGCUCCUUAGCGCUCUUGGGGUUUUCUUCCCUGUCUUAUUCAUUUUAUCUUCUUUAGACUGCCAAAAACAAAACAAAACAAAGGUGAAAAGGGGGAGAUUUUGUGGCUCUGUGUGUGUGUGUGUGUGUUUAUGUGUCAGAGAGUGUGUGUGUAUGCACUUAAAAACAAACAGCAUUUCUGACAACUUUGUGAUGAAUUCCAAAAUGAUGCAGUGAAUCAGACAAAAUAUGUAUUUAUUAGAAUGGUUAAAUAUCUUAAUUAUACCAGAUCCCAUUUGAUCUUUGAAAGCUGCAUCCACACUGGAGAAAUAACCCAGUUUGGCAUGGCUUUAACUCUUUCUGGCUAUGGCUGUGGAAUUCUGGGAGUUGGAGUUUGUUAUGGGGCCUUCCUUCCUUAAGCUCUGCUCCACUCCAGGCCCACAACAAUCUCCAACUCCCAGAAUUCCAUAGCCUUGAGCCAGACAGAGUUAAAGCCGUGCCAAACUGGGUUAUUUCUUCGGUGUAGAUGUAACCCCGGUUUCUUAGAAUGUGUGACAUAUGUGUGGAGCGGUCCUUUUGUCUUUCAGAUUUUGGCUUUUAAAAAGUAUUAUAAUUCCACCUCCUUGUUAUUUCCAGCUGCAGCGGCUGCCAGAGCACCCUUAGGGGCAGCAUGGUUCUCUGUCCACAUGUGGCAUUUAUACAUGAAGCGUGAGGUGUGUGACGGUACCAAAAAAAGAGUAGCCCAGGAAAAGAUUUUGGUUGCAGCUUUAGCUUUGGCCACUAGUUUAGGUUUGGCUUUAAGAAGACCCAAGGGUUGGUACUGGUUAGGAGAAGGUAAGUGCCCCAUACGCUGUUCAUAUCUGGAUGGGUUUUCAGAGUGGCCCAGCCAUGCUGGAUAGUGGCUGCCGAAGAAGACUGAUGGCUUCAUAGAAUCGUAGAAUUAGAAGGGAUCACAAGGGUCAUCCAUUCCAACCUCCUUCUACCAUGCAGGAAGACACCA